AAGAUUGUUGUGUUUGGCGGAACAGGGUUUCUCGGAAAGCGGAUCUGCGAGAACGCGGUGAAAAGAGGCUACGAGGUGGUGUCGAUCAGCGGGUCCGGGAGGAAGCCGGAGGCGUAUGCGAGGGAGGAGUCGUCAUGGAUUGAGAAGGUGCAGUGGCGCAAGGGGAACGUGUUCCGGCCGGAGACGUACAGGUCGGAGCUGCGGGACGCCAGAGCGGUGGUGCACUCGAUCGGCAUUCUUUUCGAAAACGACUCGUACAAGAAGAUUGUCGGGUCGCAGGACGGGGUGCUCAACGCGGUGAGCGGGCUCUUCAGGACGGCGAACCCGAUGGCGAAGAGCCCGGACGUGGCAGGCAACGUCGUCAUCGACAAGACGUACGAGCGGUACAACACGGAGAGUGCGCUGGUGCCUGCGGAGGCGUUGGUGGAGAGCCGGGCCGGCGAGAGCGGGUCUGCGCCUGUGCCUGCCUUUGUGUACGUGUCCGCGGACCGGGGGUUCCCCGGGAUCCCGUCCGGGUACAUCGAGAGCAAGCGCAGGACCGAGUACGAGCUCUACCAGCUGCAGCCGUCUCUCCGGCCGGUCAUCUUGCGGCCCGGGUUCCUGUACGACCCGUCCGAGGUGGGCGACGGGAAGCGGACGCUGCGGGGCGCGUUGAAGGGAGCCGUCGACGUGCUGGACGCCGUCAACCGGAGGCUACUUUUCAACGCGUUGGACGGCGUGAUCAGGCCGAGCGUGUCGACAAAGGUCGUUGCGCAGUGGUGUGUCGACAAGAUCGACGACCCCGAGUUCCACGGGCCUGUGAUGCUCGACGAGAUGAUC